GCGGCUUCCAGCCCGCGCCCCGCGGCGGCGGCGGCGGCGGCGGCGAGCAGGAGACGCAGGAGCUGGCCUCAAAGCGGCUGGACAUCCAGAACAAGCGCUUCUACCUGGACGUGAAGCAGAACGCCAAGGGCCGCUUCCUCAAGAUCGCCGAGGUGGGCGCGGGCGGCUCCAAGAGCCGCCUCACGCUGUCCAUGGCGGUCGCCGCCGAGUUCCGCGACUCGCUGGGCGACUUCAUCGAGCACUACGCGCAGCUGGGCCCCAGCAGCCCCGAGCAGCUGGCAGCGGGCGCCGAGGAGGGCGGCGGGCCGCGGCGCGCCCUCAAGAGCGAGUUCCUGGUGCGCGAAAACCGCAAGUACUACCUGGACCUCAAGGAGAACCAGCGCGGCCGCUUCUUGCGCAUCCGCCAGACCGUGAACCGCGGCGGCGGCGGCUUCGGCGCGGGGCCCGGGCCCGGGGGCCUGCAGAGCGGCCAGACCAUCGCGCUGCCGGCGCAGGGCCUCAUCGAGUUCCGAGACGCGCUGGCCAAACUCAUCGAUGACUACGGGGCCGAAGACGACGAGCUGUCGGGAGGCCCGGGGGGCGGCGGCGGGCCCGGGGGAGGCCUCUACGGGGAGCUUCCCGAGGGCACCUCCAUCACGGUGGACUCCAAGCGCUUCUUCUUCGACGUGGGCUGCAACAAGUACGGCGUGUUCCUGCGAGUGAGCGAGGUGAAGCCGUCCUACCGCAACGCCAUCACUGUGCCCUUCAAGGCCUGGGGCAAGUUCGGAGGCGCCUUCUGCCGGUAUGCUGAUGAGAUGAAGGAGAUCCAGGAGCGACAGAGGGAUAAGCUUUAUGAGCGCCGCGCUGGGGGGAGCGGCGGUGGCGAUGAGUCGGAGGGCGAGGAGGUGGAUGAGGAUUGAAGUGCACGGCCUCCCCCACCCCAUCACCGUCCCCUUGGCUAGUUUUCUCUUUCCUGCUCAUCUGCAGUGAGCUCGUGGAGAGAGAACAAGGGAGACCGCCGAGAGAGAAAACAAACCAAUAAUAUAGAUAAGUGAACAGUCGAGGACAAUAUGAGAACAUCAGUAAAGUUCCAAGGAACCGACAGCAACCUGCAAAGAAGGACAACAGCAUCUCCUCAACCUACAAAAGUUUCAGCCUGGGUUCCUAAGCCCAUCUGGUGAAACCCGGGAGAAUAGAUCUCUGUAUGUCUGGGCCCCCAAACAUCCGAGUUUUCCCAGACCCCACCCAUUGGUAACAGUUGAAUUUGUGUUGUACCUGGGUAAUCUCAAGAUCUCACCAGGCCUCUUCACUUUUGCAGCGUCUUCACUUCCAUUGAAAUCAGCAUUUGGGAUUUGGAUCUUCGUGGAAUCUUUAGAAGAAAGAGGCCUUUGCAUAUACCCAGUGCUGAGGGUACAGGUUUAUAGGAAAGAAUGCAACUUCACACACUUGCAGACAGGGCAGAAGAAGAAUUGAAGAAGCCAUUGGAAAAUACAGGGAAAAAUUGGAUCCAUUUUUUUUUUUUUUUUAGAAGAUGGUUUUGUGUGAAACCUGGAUCAAGGCCCAUGUCUUUUCUUUGCAGAAUUGUUAUCCGGGAUGCAAAUGAAUCCAGAUAUCAAUGCUUGAACAAGAAUCCAUUACUAAAAUAGUUUUUGAAAGUUGGCAAAAAUUCUUUUUCCCAAAAACAAAAGCAAGUUUACAUUGGGGAUUGCUGAGGUAGGCACAAGAAGUCAGGCAUAAAGCACAAGGCAAACUGUUUGAGUGGAUUGGUUGCUGCUCACUAAAGUUCUUCCCUGGAUCUCUGAAUACGGAGGUCAUUACCAAGAAAUGGCUUGGAUAUGAAUGAGAGCCAGACCCCUAUGGCUCCACAUAUGAGCCAGUGAAUUAUGGCUAAUUCGGCUGUUUGGGCCACUGGUUGGCUGCAUUUUAAACCGUAAAACUUGACUAUUACCUGCAAAAGGAACAGUGUGGCUACAAGCCUGAGCUUUAAUGGAAUAUACAUCCUCACAGGAAAGUUGGAAAUAACCAAAACUGAAGUCUUAAUUUACCUUCAGUUUAAUCUGUGGAUUUCUUCGAAUACUAAAGAUCCUCAGGUCCAGAAUUCCAGCAUCAUUUAUUCUUUUAAAAUAAAUUUUUAGGAACUUGAUCCAUUGUAUCAGUACCUCACAAUCAAAGUUGGCAAAGGAUGGAUGAGUGAUUCAAGCAAUGCACCCGUGGAAGCUGAAAUCCAUCUGUGAAUGGAACUGAAGGGAACGAAUGUGCUGACUACAUCCUGGAAGCAUUUUUAUACCAUCUUGAAAUUUCAACAGACUGGCUUUUGCCAGUUUAUCCAGCUGUCGUUCAAGAAUAAAAGUUGGGGUUUUCAAGGAUCGCCUCUUCUAUAUUUUAAAUGGAUUUUCAGUAGAAAUGAUUUUUACUAAUCAAGUUAAUCCCACUCCCAUCGAAAGGUAUUCCUAGAAAUGUCAUAGAUCUAGGUAACUUUGAAUUGAAUGAGAGCUCAUGUUCUUUUCCAAAGUUUUCAGGUAUCUUUGUGUGACACUUUCUCAACAGGAGGCAAGUAACCCCACCUCCACAAUCUUAGUAUUUUUUUUAACUGCAUGCCUGCCCUUCAUUUGAGCUGCCUUUUUAAUUUAUUGCAUAUCCUUUUUAUUAUCUUAUUUUGGUAUUAUUCAAUCUAUACAAUCUUUUUGUAUUUAUUGGGAAAUAAGUAAUAUACAAAAAGGUCGUUUUCAUGUAUUUGUGGCUGAGAGGGAGGGAAAUAAUUGUGUAUAUAAAUUAGGCUUUUUUAAAAAAAAAUAGACUAUGAUUCAGAAUAUUGUUGAUCUUAGAUUUAACAACAAAAGUGGAAGAGCCACAAACAUUGGUGCCCUUUUCAGACUAUUUCUCUACUCUCAUCAUCCACAGUAGAAUUUUUAAACAGAUUUUUUUAAAGCUUUUCUUUUAAAUUUUUCUCCGUUGCAAAGAAUGUUUCCUAAAUUGUAUGGGAGCAAUAGUAUUUUUGAUGUUUUAAUGACAUCCGUAUACUUGUACUGUAUUUUGUACUACAAGGCAGCUGUUUUCAAUAAUGUCCUGCUGUAUUUACAUAUGUGUUUUGAGUGUUUAUUUCUUUGCUGCGGAGAACAAAUUCCUAGUUUUAGUAAAGGAGCUGAGAAGCUAGCAUUAGGUUUGCAGAAACUGCAUAAGUUUCCAACUCUGAGGCAGCAAUGAAAAUUAAGGUUGCAGCCAUUGAUUGAUUGCUGUAACUCUUUCGUUUUCAAACCAUGUACAAUUCCUGUAUAGACCAACUUGUUUUCUUGCUUCAGUGGUGGUCCUGUUGCUCAGCUGCGGUGAGCCAGUUCAAUUUGCAAAGGUGCAGUACCUCUCCUUUUCAAGGGGUUGGUUUAUUUUUUCUUUUUGUUUGGCUGAAUUGCAGUGACUAGCCUUGCCAUUCUACUCUGUAGAAAUGACAGGGUCUUCACAAUCCUUCACCAGUGGCUACUAAGCUAUAAUUAGCUGAAUAGAAAGAAUGUGGAAGUGGUCUGAGGCAUAUAGAGCAAUAUGCCAAGAACACUACCAUAUAUGGCAUCAGCUUUGGUUACCAGAGAAAUUUUCUUAGUCAUUAGACCAUAUAACAGUAAUAUAUCAUAUGUAAAUCUUUAGAUAUCAAUUUGAGAAUCCUCCAAAAAAAGGAGCAAAGAAUGCAUAAGCUAUGUGUUGGCAAAGUAAUUUAUAUUAAAAUUUUGACCUGCCUAUGUAAGAUUAAGUGGUAAAUGUCAUAGUGGUGGGUUUUUAAGUCUUAACCAAUCUCUAAGGUUUAUUUCUCCUGCAGAGGGUGGUUAGUGGCCUCUCUUCCCGCUGUAGGAAGAUUGCAGAAGGAUGUGGAUUAAUUGUAGCAUUUCACUGAUCCUCAUUCCAGUGAGUAGGGACAAUAGAAAUAUGCAAAGCACAGAGGUUCAUUGAUAAAUAUUAGCUUCUUUAAAGGCAGUGGUCUUUGUUAGUUUCAAUGAGAUGGUGGUGUUGUACAAGCUAUGGGAAACAACCAACUUUUUUUUUUGUUUUUUCGUGCUGUGUACUAUUUGUGUUCAUACUAUGAAGGAUUUAGAGGUUUUUAAAUUUGGCAGACAUCCCAGCUAAUCAAAACAGUUAUAUUCCUGAGAAGUAAGGAACUAUAAAGCUCCUUCAAAUAAUUUGUGGAAGGUUUGUUUCUCAAGACUACCUUAAUUACCAAAUGAGAAGUCAAAUUCUAGGAACAAAAAGUAAAAAUCUGUGAAGAGAUCCUGCUAAUUUCUGGUUUCUAUUGUCCCUAUCCAUUGUUUUAGCAAGUGAAACAGCAGUUGUAGUCAGCAAAUUUUUCAGUGCAUCUGCUGCACAACACAAAAUACAAAUCUGUAUGGCACCAAAAAUCAAAGUGAAAACUAAACCAAAAACCCAAACACCCUAUGUAACUGUUGGAGGCAUGUAGGUGGUACCAGCGACUGUGGCCGUGGCAUGCUCACGGCUGCUUGUCUUGUCACUUUCCAUAAUUAUUUACUGCAAAAUGAUUGAGAGGCUUUUGGCGCAGGCAGCCAUUAACUUCCUGCUUCCUUUGUUACCUCUGGAUCACUUUGCAGUAAAUUGCAGGUCUUGUAAGAGAGUCAAGCUUCGGUUUUCUCAAAACAAAACAAUUCUCCUGUCUUAUCUGAAAAUGCAGGGUUGUGGGCAAAAGAGGCUGGUUAUAAUAAUGCCCUCAUAUUGAGUGGUCUGUAAACGGCUGCACACUUCAGGCACGAUGGUCGCUCAGAUGCUGCGUGAAUGUGACCUUGACUGGCUUUACAAGGGUGUCGGGUGUAGUCUCCCCGAGGUGACUAUGCCUCUAUCUUGUGCUUGAGGUAGAUGACACCAAGGAGAAGCUGGAGUGUGUAAGCCAUGCACAUAAGUAUUCUUCACUGUAAAUUUUGUUUUCAUUUUUAACCCAAUUAUGGUACUUUGUCCAAUGCACAACUGAUCUCUCAGUAGAUAUUCAUUUGAAAAUAGUGUGGCCUUGAUGAGUGAGAAGGGGAGGAGAGAAGUGGCUUUUUCACUGAUGUAAAAAGGACUUGUUUGCUGAGAGCAGUGGUGGCUCUGCGGCACUCUUAGUGUGAUGUUUUUGAUUGGGGAAAGUCGAUGUUUUCUGACCCUGGAGAUAAUCUAAUUGAGUUUUCUUCUAUUUUUAGGAAGCAUCAGAAUUGCUCUGAUGAAAAAUAGAGUUGACUGCUUUGAUGUCCAAUCUCAGGUUUUAAAAUAUAGUGGAGUAAAAUCCCACUAUUAUAAUUAAAACGAUUUUAAUUUCGUAUACCCAAAAGUCACACAUGCAAGGCCUGUUCAGCAAGCAGAGCCUCCUCCAUCUUUUUGCUCCUUUCCACUUUGUACUUCACUUGAAAAAGUGUCAAGUGAGCUUGCAUUGUAUAUUUCCAUUUUAGCCCUGACAUAUUUCUCAAAGAUAAAGCACUUUUUGAUCAUGAAAUACAUGGAAUCUUUGUGUGAUGUGGAUCAUGGUUUCUCAGGCUCCCCUAGAUAAUCUGCUUAUGAAUAUUGUUCUAACUAUGUAAGAAAAGUAGAAAUCUUUGCUAAUGUUAGGAAGUUUGUAUUAUUGAUCCAGAAUGCAUUUUGCUAGUUUCCAAUGGAUGGGAGAGUAAACAAUGCUGCAUUCACAAUUUAAUAAGUUACUUUCCCUCGAGCCUUAAGGUAACUUUUUUUUUCUUUUCUGUCAACAACAGCACUGAAGUUAUAGUAAAUGAAUGAGAUUAUCCGUUUUCAGGGUUGGUUUUAGAGUACUGUAAAACAAUUAGUUGUCUUCCUAAGGAGUUUCAACCGCUGUUCAGUAGACUGGAUAAUGGGUGUGUGGGUGGGUCUGGGGAGGGGGGAAAUGGUUUGUAGAAAAGAAAAAAGAAAAAAAGAACCAUGUUUACCUUUAGAAAAUAUAAAUGAAAAAAGGUCAUGUCCUAUAUCCCAUUUGAAGUUCCAGAGGUAAAGAGGAAAUGGCAAAUUAUAACUUCAUUUCCCCUGUUCUUAGAAAAACAAAGACAUUAAUGUUCAGAUGUUAGCCCCCAGAAAUUUCAAGAGAUAACUGGACUCUAGAAUGGUGAGUUCUAGUUGAAGUCCUCUUUCCCAGACCUCAAUACUAAAGCUGAGUUUCAUUACGAAUAGAUUUAACAGACUGGCUUUGAACAAAUGGUCCAGUUGUCAGUACUGAAGAUUAAAUUCAGAAAAAUAAUAAAAUGUCAUGAAAUAUCCCCCUAGUGAUUCCCAGUUGAUAUCUAUGUCCCAAUCCACGUAAGGCCUUUAUGAAUGUAUUUUGUAUUUCCUGGUGAAAUAGGAAAUGUGCCAUCAAGGUAAUCUCUAGUCACAAUCUCUUACAUUGGAAAAUCUGAUGAGACAUUCCAGUGGAGGUAGGCAGAGCCAUGUUAAAACAGCAGACACCAUGCUGGUAGUCUCACUGCUCCGUAGGACUUCGAGUAGGGAGAAGGCAGAAACUGAUGAGAAGCUGGCGCUUUACCAUUUUCUUCCAUAGAUGAUUUUAACAGUUUGAGGAAAGACUCCUUUUGGAUGAAAGAUUUUAACUUUAUUAAGUGUGGGAUUUUAAAUUCAGGAGCCAUUUUAUUUCCUCUAUGUUGUAUCUAACGUCUGCUACGUGCAUAAGAGGCGACUGACCUGACCAUGCCCUCUGUGUGAUUCAGUGUGGAUCCACGUACCAGAGAGAAAGCUGUAGACCUAUUCAGUGUGGUUAGCAUACUGCAGAAGGCAGCAGGAGUUCAUGGGAUUUUUUUCCCUACUGUCAGUGACUAGUAACUAAGAAAAGUUACUUAGAUGCUCUCUUUUUCUU